AUGGGGGCUGGAGCGAGCGCCGAGGAGAAGCACUCCAGAGAGCUGGAGAAGAAGCUGAAGGAGGAUGCCGACAAGGAUGCGAGAACUGUCAAGCUGCUGCUGCUAGGUGCUGGAGAAUCAGGCAAAAGCACUAUCGUCAAACAGAUGAAAAUUAUCCACAAAGAUGGUUACUCACUUGAAGAGUGCUUGGAGUUCAUUGUCAUCAUCUACAGCAACACCCUGCAGUCCAUCAUGGCCAUCGUGAAGGCCAUGAACACACUCAAUAUUAACUACGGCCACUCUGAUCAGCAGGAUGAUGCCCGUAAACUCAUGCAUCUUGCAGACACCAUUGAGGAGGGCAGCAUGCCCAAGGAGAUGUCAGACAUCAUUUUGCGCCUGUGGAAGGACUCUGGCAUCCAGGCGUGCUUUGACAGGGCCUCGGAGUACCAACUCAACGACUCUGCUGGAUACUACUUGAAUGACUUGGAGCGACUGAUCCAACCAGGCUAUGUGCCCACUGAACAGGAUGUGCUGCGAUCAAGAGUGAAGACCACUGGUAUCAUCGAGACCCAGUUUUCCUUCAAAGAUCUCCACUUCAGAAUGUUUGAUGUGGGUGGCCAGAGGUCCGAGAGGAAGAAGUGGAUCCAUUGUUUCGAAGGUGUGACCUGUAUCAUCUUCAUUGCUGCUUUGAGCGCCUACGACAUGGUGCUGGUGGAGGACGAUGAAGUGAACCGAAUGCAUGAGAGUCUGCACUUGUUCAACAGUAUCUGCAACCACCGCUACUUCGCCACCACCUCCAUUGUACUCUUCCUCAACAAGAAAGACGUGUUCCUUGAGAAGAUCAAGAAAGCUCACCUCAGCAUGUGCUUCCCUGAAUAUGAUGGCCCCAACACUUAUGAGGAUGCUGGUAACUACAUCAAAGUACAGUUCUUGGACCUGAACUUGCGCAGAGAUGUCAAAGAAAUCUACUCUCACAUGACCUGCGCCACAGACACAGAGAACGUCAAGUUUGUGUUUGACGCCGUAACCGACAUUAUCAUCAAAGAAAACCUCAAAGAUUGUGGUCUCUUCUAA